UUAUUGAUAAUAAUCAUAUUUAUUACCAUAAUUAUCUCUUUUAAUAAUUAUCGUUACAUCAUAUAGUAGUUAUAAUUAUAAUUAUUCCCAUAUUUUUUGAUUGCAAUUUGCAUGCACACCACGCUUUCUCUCUCAUCUUGUUCUUCUCCCCUUACCCUCCUCCGUUUCUCUUUGCUGUUACUCAUUCUCAUUUUUCAUUUCAUUGAUUUUUAUUUUUCUCUCUCUAAAAUUCAUCUUAAAACUGUAUUAGAUCUUUCUUUCAAGUUUACUUCUUCAAUUUAACAACCAGAUUUACUUUAAUCUCAAUCAAAUUAUAGAGUUUGAUUUUUGGGAUUAAACUGUGAUUAUUGCUCAACUUUGACUCUACUUGAAUGGCACAGUGAAGAGCGUAAACUCCGAUUUAGACGAUUAAUUAUUCUGGUGUUUGAAUUUGUGGGUAAAUGGGGUCCAAAAUUUGCAUGAACUCUUCUUGUGGGGCAAAGACGGCAGUUCAAUGGAAGAAAGCCUGGGAACUAAAAUCUGGUGAAAUUGCCGAUCUAUGUUUCCGCUGCGGAUCUGCCUAUGAGAAUCAGGUCUAUUGUGAUACGUUUCAUGCAGAGGAAACUGGUUGGAGAGAAUGUAGUUUGUGCAACAAGCGACUCCAUUGUGGUUGCAGUGCUUCAGCACGACUGAUUGAGAUUCAGGACUUUGGUGGUAUAUGGUGUGUUAGCUGUGCAAAGAGUGCUGGUUGUCAUUCGACCAAGAGAAAUGGAAUCUGUAGUGAACCUCAAACUUCAGUGAAGUACAGUAAUGCUAAUGAUCUGCAGAACACACUGCUUAGUAAUAAGCAGGAAACUAAUGUUAUUAGUAACGGGAAUCUUUUGAGUUUGAGCAACAUCAAUGUUCCAAGAUAUUUGCCCCAAUCUCCCCCUGAUCUCGUAAAUGGAUCUUUUGAACAAAUCAAAUCCGAGAACCCGAAUUCUUCUGUUGGAGUUGGUGGCUUAGGUUUUUCUAAUUUAUCUCGUGCAAUUAAUGGACCAGCUCUUUAUGCUCAACAAAAUGUAGAUAUGGUGAAGACAGGGGUCAAGGAUGUGAAAGAACUACAGAUGCCAUCGCUGGGUAUAAGCUUGCGCUUACCUUCAGAUACCCCAAAUUUUGGCCUCACCUUUUCGAAUGGAGUUGAGGAAGGAGAAAAUGGCAGACCUAGCCUCUUUCAACCGGGACAAAGGCCUCGACAAAUUUUGCCUAAGACUCCUAAAAAUAACCUAGCAAAAGCUCCGGAUGUGAAUAAAAGCUCCUUCUCUCCUAUGCGUGUGGGAAGACCUCCUACUGAAGGGCGGAUGAAACAUCAAUUGCUUCCCCGUUAUUGGCCACGAAUUACGGAUGAAGAGCUGCAGAAGCUAUCUGGAGACUUGAAUUCCAAAAUAGAACCGCUUUUUGAGAAGAUUCUGAGUGCUAGUGACGCCAGUCGAAUUGGUCGUUUGGUUCUUCCCAAAGCUUGUGCUGAAGCAUAUUUUCCUACUAUUAAUCAGUCAGAAGGUCUUCCCUUGAAAAUUCGGGACAUAAAGGGGAAUGAGUGGACCUUUCAGUUUAGAUUUUGGCCUAACAAUAAUAGUAGGAUGUAUGUCUUGGAAGGUGUAACUCCUUGCAUACAGUCUAUGCAAUUACAAGCCGGCGACACUGUUACAUUUAGCCGAAUAGAACCUGGAGGCAAACUUGUCAUCGGGUUUCGUAAAGCAUCAAACACCCUUGAAGCACAGGAUCCCCAAACAUCAACAGCAAACCCUAAUGGCACUACAUCGGGAGAAAACUCUUAUCCUGAUGCGGCUGAAAUCCUCUCCGGUAGAAGUGAUCAUUGUGAUCUACUACCGAUGGGAAGUGCCGGUGAUAAUCAACCAAGUGUUUUUGAACAGUCAAAUGUGGUCAAUGGGAAUACUUCUUGGGGUAAGAGUGAGAAGCUGAAGGGAAAGGUGAACGAGGAUGUGUUGGAGCAACCUAAGAUGUCUUCCAACAAGAAGAGAAUGAGAAACUUAAGUUCCAAAAGCAAGAGGCUACUCAUGCACAAUGACGAUGCUGUGGAUCUUAAAGUUUCAUGGGAAGAAACACAGGACUUGCUUCGUCCACCACCUAGUGUUGAACCGACUAUUGUCAUGAUUGAGGAUUUUGAAUUUGAAGAAUAUAGUGAGCCUCCUGUUAUUGGAAAGAGGACAUUCUUUUCAACUCGACCUUCUGGGGGACAGGAUCAAUGGGCCCAGUGUGAUGAUUGUUCAAAGUGGAGGAAGCUUCCUGUAACUGUUCUUCUGCCACCAAAAUGGACAUGUUCUGAGAAUAAGUGGGAUUCAAGCAGGUCUUCGUGUUCUUCAGCUGAGGAGAUGAUUCCAAAAGAUCUUGAUAAUUCCAUCAGAGGAAGCAAAGAUUCCAAAAAACAAAAGGUUGCGGAAAACCCAGGACAAAGAUGUGAGCCUUCUGGACUAGAUGCUCUGGCUACAGCUGCCACCCUUGGGGACCAUGAAGAACCAUCAGCUGGAGCCACUACCAGACAUCCUAGACACCGUCCAGGAUGUACUUGCAUUGUGUGCAUUCAACCUCCGAGCGGAAAAGGCAAGCACAAGCCUUCUUGUGUUUGCAAUGUGUGCUUAACUGUGAAACGCCGUUUCAAAACACUAAUGAUGCGCAAGAAGAAGCGCCAAUGUGAACGAGAAGCUGAAAUGGCACAACGAAAAAGUAAUGAGAACCAAAUUGAAGAACCCCAACUGACGAAAAAAUCACCCACAAAUGAAGUGAUUUCAGAUAAAGAUCAUGUUGAGAAUGAAGUCCAUCAGGAAAAAGCUCUCCCAGACGGUGAGACCAGCGGCAAAAGUCACAUAGAUUUAAAUAGCCACCCUGUCCGCGAGGAAGAUGCAGCAAUUGAAACUCAACCGAGUAUGGGCAUCAUGGCGCUUGCUCGAGCGCCCACUUCUCCGUUAGAUGUAUACAUCAAGUCAAAUGGGCUAGCAAACCUUCUUGGCAAGCAGCCGAUGGAUACUGAUUCUAGCAUGCUGCAAAAAUCAACAGAUUAUAUUGACCGAUCAAUAACUAACGAGGAACGUCAUACACCAGUGAGCAAGGAACAGGAGCUAUGCAAGGCCGAUGGUGAGGAUUCUGAAAAAGCCCCCACUUUAGAUAAGCAGCUGCAGCCCUGACUCGAGAUUUGUUAUAUAAACUCUUCCCAUUUGAUUUUCCUAAAGUAAGGUACACAUGUAAUUUUUAUUGUUUCGUGUCUAAACUGCAUCGUUGAGCAUUUACAAGCACAACUGUUGGCCUGUUUGUGUGUGGAAGAUAGUCGACAUUCGUUUGUCGAAGGGGGUCAUACAGCCAGUUUUAUGAGCCAAUUUUGACCUCUAUGUUCUGUGUUACAAACUUGUGCAGUAGUAGUAUUAUAUAGUAUAUUGAUGCAGAAUAUACCUCAAAUGUUCAACUGUAAUAUAACUCAUAAAUUGAGAUUCAGCAGGAAAUAAUUUUAUCCAUUAUGCA